GUUGCCACAGGUGGCACGGAUGCAGCCCCAGCAGGUCCCGUUUCGGACGAGUCGCCAGCGGCGCAGACCCUUCUGAGCGCCAGCGAGAACCAAGCCUCCACGCACAUGAAUACCUCGGCUCUCAACCAUGAUGACGACUCGGCGUCAGACGUUUCCAUGUCUGCUGAGACUGACGACGAAGAGGAUGGGGCUCCUCAUACCUCUGCCAUACAAGUGAACCCGGAUAUACAGGUUUUGGACCAGCCUGCCAGUUCGGGCGCAAUAGAACCAGUUCCAGUUGGAGACGGAUCCAAUAAACGAAAGUAUCCUGCCUCAUUGGAAGAUUCCCCAAAUGGAUUGCCAGCAGAGGUUCGCAAACGCCUGAAGCCAGAUGAGCCCUUGCAAAACUACAGGAGUCCUGAAGGCAAAUUGCCUCGGGACAAGUCUCUAUUGCCCGCAGAAAUUUGGCAUCAUAUCUUUACUUUCAUACCCCCAAGAAGUUUGGGACUCCUGUUAUCGGUAAACAGAUCUUUCCAUGCUUAUCUUGAUCCUUCUUCAUCCGACCGUUCCAUUACUCCCUUGCCAAGAUCAGUUGCCCAGAUCUUGAAGCCAGAUGCCAUUUGGCGCGCCUCCAGACGGCUCUUUCGACCUGGUAUACCCGCGCCCCUAAAUGGAAAGUCCGAACUUGAUAUGUGGAAACUGGCCUGCUCCUCCUCGUGCCAGUUCUGCGGCAGGAAGAAGCAGCCAAAUGGUACCGUUCCAAUGGAUCAAUGGCAUCCGGGUCCAGGUGAAAAUGGGAUCGCCCCCGUGUGGGCGUUUGGAAUCCGUACUUGCGGCUCUUGUCUCCAGCAACGUUCCUCGAAGGAAAUCGAUCUUCUCUUGUCGUCUACAGUUCCUUCCCCACUCAUGGCUGCGCUGCCGUUCGUGUUUCUUACCAAUGAAUUACACGUUCUUCCUUUGACAACCUUGCAAAAUGGACAGCCACCGCCAUCAAUCCAGAUAACAAAAAACUUCUUCCAGCCCCAGAUUGAAGCCAUUACUCGGGAGUUCUCGGAAGUCAAGUCUAUGGGAUCAGCAGCCGCAGAAGAAUGGAUCAAAGGUCUAGAUGAUCGGGGCAAAGAGCGAAGGAAUGAUUCAGCGCGCUGGGAACGCUGGGAAGCCAGUGGUGGUGUUGGACGGAUGCGUAUUGCGGAGCCGCAAGAAGCUAGCAAGCCCACUAUACAACCCAGCAACUCUACACCGACGGCUACUACACCGAACUUCGCGAAAGGGCCAGCGGUGACCAACGGACGUGUCCCUGUCUUUCAAGACCAGAAUCCCAAUCAAAUGCCGAUGAAAGUCCUUCCGCAAGUACCUCAACUAACACUGCCCCCUCAUGCCAUCUCAACGAGCCUCCCGCGCUUCGAUUCGCCUUCCCAGGCCGGGUUUGCAGCUUACACCCCUCGCAGUGCUCACCCCGCACCUAAGCACGAAAGGACAAAAGAAGAGGUCGCUGAGCUUAAGGCAGCUCGAAGAGCAGAGAUUGAGAGACGAUGCAUGUUGCUCGACCCACCGCUAACCGCAAAUGUUUUAGCACAUAUGCCCUCAUUCCAGGCCGCUAUUCAGAUCAUCCAACCUUUAGAUGAUAGUGCCUGGCAAGUUCUAGAGCCGAGGCUAAUUUCCCAGCGUCACGAUGCCGAACAACGGGAAAAGGAACGACUCGCUCAGACCCGAGUGGUUCAGGAGCGUUUUGAUGAUGUGCAGCCCAGAUCGGAUUCCAGGGAUCUCCUUGAUCGGGAAUGGGAAGACAUCCAGGCUCCAUUACGUACCCGGAUUGGUGGGUAUGCCGACGAAACCAUUCGUGAUGCCUGGGCUGGUGGUGAUAAGGUGACCAAGGAUAACUGUCCUGCAUUCGCAGCAGAGGUCUUGAUGUAUGUCCGCAAGAGAUUUUAUGCCGAGGUGGCCAAGGACGAAGCCGCUAUCCGCGCAACUGGUCGAGAACCGGAAACGGAUCCUCCCAACGGACCUUUUACUCGAAAGCUCACAUUGGAGAAUAUGAAGUGGGUAUUCGAUACCAAGAUCAAGCCACACACGGAACAAUACCGUAAGGAACUUUUUCUUUGCAGUGAGUGCGAGAAUAAUUUCAAGUUCUACGGCUUCGAAGGUGUGAUUCAGCACUAUGCCGCUAAGCACACCAAUGAGCUCAGUGUUGGGAGUAUUGUCGUCCAUUGGAAAUCCGAAUGGCCAGAGUACCCUCCAUUCAAUCCGGAGCCUCUCUCUAGUAAGCCUUCAUACUAUGCUGCUCCUCCAAGCGCCAGUAUCCCGUACCCUGUCAAUGCACCACAACAAAGCUACGGCUACGGUGCGUAUCAGCCAGCACCUGUUUCGGCUCCAAUGCCAGGCCCCAAUCCGCAUGGCUACCAAGAAGGUCCAGCUCCUUACUACGGACACCCACAGUUUGGGGAUCAAUAUUCUGGACAUCAGAACGGAGCAUAUGCUCCACCACAACCAUACCCGGAAGCAUCACAGAGUUAUCAAGCCCCGCAGUACUCUGUACCUCCAGUGGGCAAUAAUCUUGGGUACAAUGAGCCACCGCAGGAUUAUUCUCAACAGGGCUUUGGUGGACAGUACCCAGCGACAAGUGACGGAUAUUACAAUUCUUCCCAUGCCGGUCCAUUGUACCCCGCAUCAGCUCCUGAAGCUGUGGCCCAACAACCGUCCUAUGCUCAAGGGAGCCAAUAUGGAUACCCCUAUGCCCAACCACCUGUGCAGGCACCAGCCCUACCCGCCAAUCAUUUCACACCCUCACCCCAAAGAACGGAGGCAUACAAGGCUCAGCUACAAGAAGUGGCGAAAAGUGCCAGAGAAGUCUGGGACUCUAUUAAUAACAUUAAGGAUAUCCCGGGAAGUGUGAAGGUUUAUACUAUCAUUUAUCACGUGUUGAAGAGAUCACGCGCCAAAUUCUCUGAAGACCCGCCUCUUUCAAUGAUUGUUGAUGGUCUUUCCAGUAACAAGGAUAUGCGCAAAGUCCGGAACAUCAAUGGUCUUCUGUGCAAAGCAUGCAGCUUAGGCAUGGCAGGCUCGUCCUCCGCCCCACAGAAGAAGCACUUCUCUUUUCCCCAGCUUGUCAACCACUUCUAUUCGGUUCAUGAGCAGGGAGUAUCUCAAAGUGACCCUGGCCAUGUUCCCGACUGGACCAAAGACAUGGUUGAUCUUCCUGAUCUCUCUCGCCUGGCUUCGGUACUCAACAGGCCUGGAACGAACGAGCAGAAGCUUAAGCUUAUUGGAGAAGCAUUGCCAGAAAUAUUUUCAGCACCACAGCAAAGCACGAACGGGAAUCAUAUGGGUCAAAGCCAAUCAUAUACAGACAAUGUAGAGCGGGAGCCGUAUGCCCUUGCUCCAUCCAGGGAUAAUCACGAGCAGUAUUAUUCAGCUGUUGAUAGUGGCAGACAGUCUGAAUCCGGCAAUCAGACUUAUGAUAAUGGUCAAUAUGACCCUCGCAAUCCGCGCGAUUCACGAGAAUUGCAAACCUCGGAGAACCAUCAACCUAGGUAUAGAGUUCUACGGCGCGCUGAGGAUUAUUAUCCAACAUCGUAUGAGAAUCAACCUGAGCGCUCGUACAUUGAACCAAGAGCCGUCUCACCCCCCUCCCAAAAGAGACCAAUUGACGGUUAUAGCCGUGGCAUCGUCCGUGAAGAGGCCCCAUCCUACUUGGAUCAACAGAUCCGCUACCGUGACGAGGGAGAUGUGGAGUACCGAGUCCGGCGCGAAGCAGCGACACCAUCUUACGGUCCCUCAGAAGCAGACCAUCGGCUUGCCAAUCCCCGUCCCUACAGGUCGAAUCGUCAUGAUGUUCCAACUUCAACUAUCCCAGAACAUCCACCACAGGACACCCGUUAUGUACCUGCCGAGGAUGCCGUGGCUCAACAAAAUCGCAUAUAUGAGGUUGUCGCGCAGAUUACGCAGCAGGCAAAGCAAGCUCGAGAGAGGAAGCCGAUCAAAGAAGAACCCCUCGACGGUGGCUCUGAAGAUGGUGAAUUGCAAGCUAGGUCUGGUUCCAAGCCCACGGACUUAGCUCGAGUGCCGCCCUUCAAUGAGGCAAGCAACGCCGCUGAGCGCUUCCUCAACGAAUGUCAGCCUGGAGAAGCAUCCCAGGAAGUCUCAAAGAAGACCGGUGAUCUCGAGGGCCAUCCAGUUAGAAAUGACAACGGCCGGGUUGAUGACAUGCAGCGCGCAUAUCAGCCUCUGGCAGAGACACACCGACGCACACGUGAUGGUUAUGAAGAUGAUGAUCGGGUCCCUGCUAGUCGUGGACGAACUGUUAUGGAUGAUGAUGCCCACAAUGCAUAUAUCAUACGUGAACGAGCUCCACAGCUAAGGCAUAGUUCUGGAUAUGCAUACGGUGACCGUUAUGUCAGCUCGGUUCCAGAGCCGGGAAUAGUUCGAGAUCGAUCUCCGGAGUUAGUUGAUCGGCGAUUCAAGUUGAAUAAUGUUGUCUACCGUGAAGAGAGACAAAACAGCAUGCGUCGUACGCCGAGUCGCUAUGCUCGAUACGAGAGUGUCCGGCUAGAGAACGACCGCGCGCGUUCGAGGUCGCCAGUAUACGUUAAGAUGGCCCCACAACCUGGGCAAUAUCGCGAGCGCAGUCCGGUUGCUCAUCCUUCGCACCAAGAGCCCCUCUAUGGUUCCAGGAUGUCCUUACCACCGGCCGAGAACGUCACUUAUGAUAGGGCUCCACGUCAAGAGUACUAUCGGGUCUACGCUGAUGAGCCACGACCACGACAACCGCAGUAUAUCGAGACUUACGAGUACGUCCAGGUGUCUGAUCCGCAAGGCGAUUACAUGAUUCGCAGACCUGUCCGUCGAGAGCGAGAGCCGGAACCUGUCUAUACGACUUACGAAGAUGAACAGUAUACCCGUGCACCGGUUUACGAGUCUCGUCCACCGGUUUCGCGCUCUGACCCGGCUUACUAUGAAGAGUAUGACCCUCGACAUCCCGCACCCCCUCCUACGGCAGCCCCGAUACGUCAGAGGUAUCAAUAGAUAAAGUUCUAUCAGGGGUUUCCUUUUUGAAAAGCACAUUUCUGUUCUACCUGUAAAAUAUUGGAUGCAACAUUUGUUCAUCUGCGUUGUUGCAAGUUUGUUGCAUGUGCGUGUACACGUGUAGCAUCUUUGCGUUUUUUUCCUAUUGCUAAUGUCUUCUGUUUCUCAUCGGCCAGCAUAUGAUAUCAUGUUGGUGUGUACAAUAGCGUCUAUUGUACGGUGCGUUCCACGGCGUUUGGACAGGUGGUAUUCUCUUCAACCUUGUACAAUACUUCUUCUUCCCGGGACAGCUCGAUUGCUUGGUGCAUUCUUGCAGCCGGGACUAAUCAUUGGGGUAGGGAGUUCCAUGCGUUGGGUAUAUGAAAAGUCUCGACGAGACCUUUUAUUUCUUAUGCGGUUGUGGUCCUCGUCGAUAAAAAGUUGUAUUAUAGUCUAAUCAAACUCCCGGGAAUGAUAAUUGCGAUACUGGCUUCUACACAUCUC